AUGUCUAGUGUUCUUUAUAAAAAUCAAAAAAUAUUAAAACAAAAAACAAUUUAUGAUUCUGAUAAAUUUAAAAAUAUGUUAGAAAUGGGUGAUGUAGAUUUAAUUGGGUUUUUUGAUGAAUUAUAUCAAGGAACCAAUCCUAAUACCAAAUCUGAUAAAACAAAUAAUAAUAAUAAGAAAAAAUUAGUUUCUUUAUAUUACUUUUUAUCUAGUAUUCAGUCUCUUUAUAAGAUGCAAAAUGCAAAUACAUUUUUUAAUGAAAAAAAAGAUUUCGUAGACAAUAAAAUGCAGACCGGUUUUGCUAGAUUUAUGAGUUGUCUGGAUUCAUAUUUAGAUUUACUUGAUGGUUUUACAAUUAUUGGUGAAACCCAAAUAAAUAUAUACGAAUCAGUAACACUGGAAAAUGGUGUCAUAAUGCGUGCUACAAAUAGAUAUCAUAAUAAAGUAUGGUUUAGCGACAUAGCUAUUUCAAUGGAUUCUGAAGAACAUAUGGGCUGA